AUGCGUGAGAAUAAUCAGACGCCAAAUGCAACUCUUGACGGGAAACAAACAAACGAAACGGCCGAAAAACGAGUUUCAGCGCCCAGCGAAGAGAAUAAUGGCCAGUUGAAUGAACAACUUCAAACCACUACAGAUGCAUCACCAUCUACUGUUCCAAAACCAAGUCUUUCAGAAUUAUUAUCAAACUCACUACCAAUUACACCAGGAAAGAUUCUGUCCGAGCUAAAGCUUGAAGACCCAUUGGAAUUUUUAAAGCCGCGUUAUAUCAAGUGCUUAAGCAAGGGAGAACGGACUCCAGUUCAUUCAGAAAACAACCUUAAAGGAUUAACUGUGACAUGGUCGAAACCAACCGGACAUGAUGCGAAAAAUUUGUAUAUUGUUGCUCAAUUGUCAUCUUGUGAUGGCAAACCACAUCCAACAAAAGUUCUGAUACCACCGGAAACGACAAUUCCGUCAAAAUGCCUACAAGGUCAAUCACGGCCAUCGCUUUCCGAUCUCGUCAUUACCGCAAAGUACGGAUACAAUCCCAACAAUCAAAGCAUUCUCUAUCGCGUAACAGACGAUGAAUAUAACAUGUGUGAAAAGACGUUGGAAAUGUAUAUCUUUAACCGUUAUCAAUGCGAUAUUACAACAGACAAUCCAACUGAAAAACAGGCGAACAAAGUGUGCAGACUAUUAGCUUGCAUUUGUUGCCUAACGAAGGAACAAACCUUAGAACAGAUAUCCGAGGUUAUUCAUACGCCUUGGAUUGAAGAAAGUAAAGGUACGAAACGCUUAGCUGUUUUGGAAGAAGAGAUAUCUCCGAAAAAGCUUUGUCGAUGUGGCAGGGAUGUAAUAGUGGUGCCGUUGAAUACUGACAGUGAAAAAAACGGUUUUCUCGUGAAAGUUAACGCUCAACCUUUGAAAUUCCAUGAGUUUCGUGGCGUAACAGACAAUAGACUCCAAAUACCAUCGCGUCCUUAUGACGGAAUGGAGAGUUUAAACCUGACGGUUUUGAAGGAAAGCGUUUUGGAAACAAUCAAACUAGGCAAAAAUCCACAUGAUCCGACUAGUCUUGAAAAAAUCCAACUUCUCGAUAAGAAUAUUGAUUAUGCAGAUGCAGAAACACCUUGCAGCCACCCGCAAAGUUGA